AUGGCGUCUACUGCACCACAAAAUAUCGAGAAACUUCAAGAACAAAUUCAGAAAGGCACCGAAGAAACGAAAACGUAUUUAACUUCCCUCAAGGAAAAGUUGGCCGAAUAUGACGCUCAAUAUAACGUGUCGGAAACUGCGAGUUCGUAUCUUCAGGCGGCUAUUGAACGCACGCACAAGUCGGUGGAUGAGCUGAAGGAAUUAGGUGAAACACUCAAGGAAAAGUCCAAGAACACGUCGGCACCGGUUGUGGAUGUAGCCAAGGCCUCGUUCAAUAAGGUGCAGUCGGCAUUGGACGGUCUCAAGGAACGUGGCCGCAGCUACGACGACCAGUUUCGUGCCAGUGUCACAAGCUCUGUAGACUCGGUCAAGGGCGGCGUCUCGUCCGUGUCGACGUCCAUCGAGUAUAUUGUGGAGGCUACACGUGAGCGUAGCAGCUCGAGCUUUGAGCAGCUCAAGGAGACGCUCUUUAGUGCUGGGUACGGUGCCUACGUAGUCGCUGGUAGCGUCGUGGGCAAAGCUGAGGAGCUUGACGGCCACUACGGUGUCGUGGACACAGUCUCGGGGGUAGUAAGUGCCGUAGCCGGCAAGGUGACGGAUUUGGACCGCGCGCUGGGCGUGUCGGCCACGGCCAUGAAGGUGGAUGAAAAAGUGACGGGCGGCAUUGGAACGGACCUUUUGAACAAGGGUGUCGUCUUUGUCAAUAAUUCGAUGGAGUACGUAACCGGCGCGCUGCAGCAAGCCAAGAUGGCAGCAACUGAAGAGUCAAACGAGAAGGCGCCCAAGACGAUUGAUGACGCCACGCCCAAGACGGUUGAUGAUGCCACACCCAAGACGGCUGAUGAUGCCACACCCAAGACGGCUGAUGAUGCCACACCCAAGACGGCUGAUGACACCACGGAGGUGACCAAGACAAGCCCGAAGGACGCUUGA